GACGCGCCGCGCGACGGCGAGGCCGCCGCAGGAGCUGCCGAGCAGGAGUCGUCGCAGCAGGAGCUCGCGGGCAGCGAGGCCGCCAGGCCCCAGGAGAUCAUUACCAUCGACUACGCGAUCAUGGAAUUGAAGUUCCUGAGUGACGACGGCACCGAGACGGCUUUGCCGCUCGCGCCAGGGCCGAAAGGGUUCUGCGUGGCGCGCGGCGCCGCCGGGCCGAUCGAGACCGAGGUGACGAAUGUCACGUACGCCGCCUGGGAGGAAGGGUUGCCUAAGAGGGGGAAGCCCGCAGGAAAAAUCUCCAAGAAGCCAGCGGCCGCGGAGCAGCCCGCCAUCGUCGAGAAGGGCGCCGUGAAGAAAAAGCCGAGCAUGACCAGCGCCGAGGAGGAAGCCGCCGUCGCCACCGCGACCGCAGACGAGCGCGGCGCUCCAAAGGGGGCCGCGGCGGCGGCCAUGAGGAGGCCAGCAGCGGCCAGGAAGAGGCCAGCAGCGGCCACGUUCGAUUUCCAUGCGCAGGAGAUCGGCCCAUCGAUGUACUACAAGAAUUCGCACAGCGUCGCCCUGCGCCUGGCUGGCGGCGGGUCGCAAAUAUUCUCCAUCGGCGGCAAGAAUUGCACGAGUUCAAAGGAGGAGAUGAAAGAGGUCGGGGAAGACGUAAGGCAGCAGCUGAACGACGGCACGCUCCUGUUCGAGGACGCGUGGGAGUAUGCGAGGUCCCACCUUGCGUGGGCGCCGUAG